ACCGUUCUGUUUCCAUGCCAUCGAUCUUACACAAAUCUGCCGGACGACGCAUAAACAUCUGUCUUAUUUAUCAGUUUACAUCAAAUUCAAAAGUUUUCCGAAAUGAAUUUUGAGUAAUAUAUGUAGAUCUCGAAUGAUUUCAUGAGAGAUCUCUAUUCAUAUUCUGCCAGCAGUAAAAUCAAAGUACCAUCAUGUCAAGAGCUCAGGCAGAGAGUGUCAUCAAGAAUAUCAUCCGAGAGAUUGCCCAGGAAUGUGCAAGCAAAGGGCAAGCCGUCUCAGAAACCUUGGUAGCUUUCAUGGUCAAGGCAGUAGUCUUAGACCCAUCCAAUGAAUUCAAUGUCGACCGUACGCUUACUAAAGAUGAUGUCCAGCGGCUGAUAAAGAUCUGUGUUGAUAGACUUCUAGAUUCCCGGUCAUCUGCUCUGGAUACAGUUAAGAUGCAAGUCUACUUUGAUAUGAACUACACCUCAAGAAGUGACUUUCUGGAGGAGCAUCGCCGGGUCUUGGAACAGAGACUGACGCCUGUCAUCCGAGAGAUCACGGAUAGCAGGGCCAGGACCAGAGAUGAACUAGAGAGUCUGUACAGAAAGAUAGUCUCUGCUGUUCUUCUUCGAUCUGGUCUUGGAUCUCCAACAGAUAUAGCUGUGGUCAGAGAGGCAACUGCUGCUCUACAGAGUGUGUUCCCACAGACAGAGCUUGGAACGUUCAUGUCCCUCGUGAAACGUGAUAAAGAACGUCAAUUAAUUGAGCUGACUCACAUUGUGACCGGUAUUCGUCUCUUCAACAAAGAAUGUGGCAAAGGAGGAGAAGGCAUUGAUGAUCUGCCAGCUAUUUUAAAUGAGGCUGUUCCUGCUACAACUCAGAAUGUGGACACAGCCAUCCAGAGAGCGUGUGGCACUGCAUUUAAAUAUACAGCACUGAUUGAGCGUAUGAUGAGUGGAGAAGUGAGUGAAGGUCCAUCCAUACAGGCGUUGCGAGAUGCUCUUAUCAACGUCAGGCAACACGAAGCCUUCCUGAGGAUUAUCCUGAAUGAUGUGAUCAGCUGUGCACAGCAGGUGGAGAUGUUAGAGGCCCAGUUAGGAGCUAGGUUAGAACAGCUCCAAGCUACAGUCCAGUCAAAGACUGCAGUACCUACCGCUCAAGUCUAUCCUCAGUUCAUCAACCUUGCUCAUAUCUGGAGUGGUUUCCAGGAUGAGAUGGUACUCCUUAGUGUCCUGAGUAACAUCCUUGCCAGUUUGGAACCCUAUAACAAGAACCAUCGUGAAUUCUUUACAGCUGAGAUGCUUGCUCCAUUCCUUGAAGGAACCAAGAUUAAAAGUGAUGAAGACAGGAUAAAAGAGACAUUGGGUAAAGAUCAUCGAGUGAAUCCCUCAGACUUCAAGAAUGUUGAUUGGCUGUUUCCUGAGACAACCAAGAACUUUGAAAGGCUCCCUCUUCAGUACAAGGGUUAUUGUGGAUGGUCCCUGGUCGUAUUCGAUCGUCUCCUCCUACCGGGGAACCCAGACAUAGGAGUCCUGCGAUACCAGGAUCGCUACUAUGUCUUCUCCAGCAAGCAGGCUGCAUACGAGUUUGCCAGCGAUCCCCAGAGGUACAUUGCUUACGUGGCGGAAUGCGCAAAGAAGUCCCCUCAGCUGAUCCAACUGCUUGAGCUACAUGCUCAGUUUGCUACCAUCACACCUUAUACACAGGGCAAAGAUCAGGGUCAGAUGAUUGAGAAACCGAUAACAAAGUGUGACAUGGGAAUCCAGACGGAGGUUCAUCCCAUCGAAUCAAACAUUGUCAAGUCUUAUGAGUGGAAUGAAUGGGAGCUGAGGCGCAAGGCAAUCAAACUGGCUAACCUCAGGACCAAAGUCACCCAUUCAGCACAGACAAACCUGAGUAACUUGAGACGAGACAAUGUAUCUCAAGUAUACCUACCAAAGGACCAAACCAUCCAAACAUUGAGAGACGAUUACUCCAACGUACCUAAGCCUCAGACCUUCCUGGCUGGUCUUCGUGGUGGUCAGACCAAGACCACAGUCAUGACCAAGAUGGACCUGACACUGGAUGUUGACCAGACAUAGAGCUUGACCCAUAUGACAACCCACCUAUCCCCCCCCACACACACAC